AUGGUUAACCUGAGGCAGGAGUUUCCAGCAUGGUACUAUUGCCUACAUGCUCUCACUAUCAAAGAAGAUCAAGAUGUGAUUCCUGAAGACUUUGAUGAAGAUCUCUCCAGUCUCUCCAGUCUCUCUCUUGAUUCUGGAGCAGAUGAUGAUGAGGAUGAUGUGGUAGAUCAGGACAAUACCAUAUCAAUUAGAUCCUAUAAUGGGCUAGAUGCUGAUUAUUAUCAUGAACUCAAAGCAGAUUGUAAAGCACAGAAGCUGGAGCUGAAGGAAAUAAGAGAGCACAACCAACGGUUCAAGGACAGCCAGCAAACUUUUGAUCAAGACAAAGAAAGAGAGGUCCAAGAGAUGUAUGACUCUCUCAAAAAUGCAAAGCAUGUUAGCAGGCUCAGUAACAGAAAGGAACAGGCAAGGACUCAGUUGGUGAAGGGUCUGGUGUUUGGAGUUGUUGCUGCUCUGGCUGCUGUGGUGUUUGCUGGCAUCAACUACUUGCAAAAUAUUUUUGUUGAUCCUGGAGAGCCAACCUGUAUACUGGGCAGUUGA